CUCCUCUGCCCUCGCCCCCCAUCCCCCCGCACCCCGGAGCAGGGGCGCACGAUGCCGGAGCUGGCCGGCCGGCUCGGGGCUCCUCUGCCCCUCCUCCUGCCGCUGCUGCUGCUGCGGCUAUCGCGACUGGGCGGUGGGGAGGGGGUGGUCGGCGACCCGUCGGAGGUCGGGGAGGGGCUGCAGCCCUUCGACAGGCUGUACGACAGCGGCGUGGAGGCGUAUCACAGCGGAGACUACGCGCGCGUCGUGCACUUCAUGGAGAGGGCGCUGACCAGCCACCGCCGCCUCCGGGACGGACGCCUGCGCUGCCGCCUGCGCUGCCGGGCCGGGGUUCCCGUGGUGCCCGCCCCCGUGGUGCCCACCCCCUUGGUGCCCACCCCCCUGGUGCCCACCGAGGAGCUGCGCUUCUUCGGCGCCGUGUUGCGCAGGGCGCUCUGCCUGCGCCGCUGCGAGCAGGAGGAGCUGGGCGGGCCCGCCUCCCGACACCGGGCCAGCCACGAGGUCCGGACAGAUUUCCAUCGGAGGGUCCCCUACAACUACCUGCAGAGAGCCUACAUCAAGUUGAACGAACUGGAAAAAGCUGCUGAAGCUGCACACACUUUCUUCAUGGCCAACCCAGAGCACAUGGAAAUGCAGCAGAACAUUGAAAAUUACAAGACGAUGGCUGGAGUGGAAAUGGUCCACUUCAUAGAUCGAGAAGCCAAGCCACACCUAGAGAAUUACAGUGCAGGGGUUAAACACUAUGAAGCAGGCAAUUUUGAGCAGGCAAUUGAGUCAUUCGAGAAAGCUCUAAAGGAGUAUUUCAUAGCAGAUGUGGAGUGUCGCGCCUUAUGUGAGGGACCUCAGAGAUUUGAAGAAUAUGAGUAUUUGGAGUAUAAAGCCAGCCUCUAUGAAGCCAUUGCAGAUCACUACAUGCAGAUCUUGGUUUGUGAGCAUGAAUGUGUCAGGGAACUUGCCACCCGCCCUGGACGACUCUCGCCUAUUGAGAACUACCUUCCCCUCCACUUUGAUUACUUACAAUUUGCCUACUAUCAAGUUGAUGAAUAUGUGAAAGCAUUAGAGUGUGCCAAAUCCUACCUUCUAUUCCAUCCUGAUGAUGAGGAUGUCCAGGAUAAUGUGAGCUAUUAUGAGAGCCUGUUGGAAGAAGGUUUGGACCCAGAAACCAUUGAACCAAGAGAGGAUGCUGCUAAAUUUCUGAAGCGUCACAAAUUAGAAUCUGAAAUUAUAAAAUCAUCUGCAGCUGGCCUGGGCUUCUUAUAUACAGAACCGAAUUACUGGACCAGCUAUGGCGGUCGUCAGGAUGAAAACCAGGUCCCUUCAGGUGUUAACAGUGAGCUGGCUGAAGUACACAGACAAUCAAUGGAAAGGAAGACUAUCACCAACACUGAGAGAGAGCUGAAGGAGGGUGGCCCUUUGCUGUUCAAUGAUGUCAAGUUUGUUUACAACUCAGAACAGCUGAAUGGAACUCAGCGGGUGCUCUUGGACAAUGUCCUGUCAGAGGAAGAAUGUAGAGAGCUCCACAGUGUGGCCAGCGGAAUAAUGCUUGUUGGUGAUGGAUACAGAGGAAGAACCUCACCCCACACUCCCAAUGAGAAGUUUGAAGGGGCCACCGUCCUUAAAGCUCUCAAGUUUGGUUAUGAAGGCCGAGUCCCAUUGAAGAGUGCCCGCUUGUUUUAUGACAUCAGUGAGAAGGCCCGCAAGAUUGUCGAAUCUUAUUUCAUGCUGAACUCCACUCUAUAUUUCUCCUACACGCAUAUGGUUUGCAGAACAGCCUUGACUGGUCAGCAAGACAGAAGGAAUGAUCUGAGCCACCCCAUACAUGCUGACAACUGUCUACUGGAUCCAGAGGCCAAUGAAUGCUGGAAGGAGCCUCCUGCUUACACAUUCAGAGACUAUAGUGCUCUCCUGUAUAUGAAUGGAGACUUUGAAGGGGGAGAGUUCAUAUUCACUGAAAUGGAUGCCAAAACUGUGACUGCCUCUAUAAAACCCAAGUGUGGUCGCAUGAUCAGCUUUUCAUCUGGUGGAGAGAACCCUCAUGGGGUGAAGGCAGUUACCAAGGGACAGAGGUGUGCCGUCGCUCUGUGGUUUACCUUGGACCCACUUUACAGGGAGUUGGAGCGACUACAGGCUGAUGAAGUGAUAGCAGCAUUAGAUCAAGAGCAUCUAGGGAGCCUUGAACUGAAUAUCAACCCAAAAGAUGAGCUAUAAGAAUUUACCAAGAGUGUUCUAUCAAAUAUUUAUUUAAUAUUGUUGAUCUUAUAGAACCAUUUUAUUUUUGUACAGAGCCUUGGUAUAAAUUAACUAGAUAAUAUGAAUCACCAAAGUGUCUCUUCUGUUUGUUGAGAUUUCUUAACUGUUCUUAUCUAUCUUUUGCUUGAUCUUGACUUUACAUAGAUUCACCUUUGAAGGGAAAGCCUAGUUAUAUUUUGCUGAACCCGGCUAUACUAUGAAAAUUCCAAGAAGAAUGAUUUCUUUUUUAAGUAGAAUUCAACUGCGCCUUGUUUACACUCUUCAUGAAAUGCCUGGUUUGGUCUGGAAAAGCCCUUCAGAUCUAAUUUAUUCACUCCGUUAUGGCCUUUCAGGCCAUGCCUGCUGGUGGCAUCAGUGAUUCCAAACAUGUUUUUAGUUAUAGAUGUGGGGUGGCCGGCCUACAGUGCCUCCAUGUGUCAUCUACCACAGGGACAUUCAGAUGCUGAAUGAGAUGGCUGUUUCAGUGAUAAUGGGCUGGUCAGAGGGAUUCUUUUCCUAGUCAAACCCAGGUUGAUUUUUGGCUCUGGAAUUUACAGAUUAAACUUGCUCUGGAAAUCCUUGAGCCUAAUUGAAGGCAGAAUUGCCUUCAGUUGCUUUGAAAAUGCUCUUUAAAGUAGUUUUGGAUUAUUAAAAGGUCAAAGAGACUGUUUUGCAAGAAAUUUGGAAAACCAUCCAAAUUUCUGGUGCCAGAGACCUACAAUCCAAUUGCUCAUUAACUCUGUUCUAGAUUGCUACACCCUUUCUGCUUCUUUAAGCAGCGAUCACAAGAUACUACUGUUCAGUUGAUUUUGUUUUUAACCUUUGUGGGCUUUUGAGGAACUGGUUAUGAGGGAGAGGGUAGAGGGCAGGAGAGGGUUGCCUUAUUGCUGCUCAACAGCAUAAAGCUGUGCUUCUGUCUGAUUGUCUCAAUAAAGGAGAACUUUAUUUAUUUUA